AUGCAGGAACUUGCGGUUUUUAAACGUCCCCACCUGCAUGCCUGCAGCGAGUACGUGGAUGUAGCGGUAGAGUUGGCACCGCUGCGCAGAUGUGAGAGUUUCACCGAUUUUUUGCAGUUGUUACAGGGGGAAUUAGAAUUCAUUUACGGUAGCGCUCCAAAGUCAUUCAAUAAUGCAAUUUUGUACAGCACGCAUGAGGCGCCCUGCUCCUUCUCGUGUUACUUCAGUGAAAAGCAACUUGAGAUGCUGCGCAACUUCGAUGAGGCUUGCGAAAAAGAGAGUCAAAUGCGAGUCAGUUACGAAAACGUCGUCGCCGAGUACGACGCAAAGGUAGAAGAAAAUAAGGAUCGCAAGAUGAACCGCCGCAGGCGUAUGGAGAUGGAAAAAGCGCGGAAGCGUGUAAAGGUGAUGGAUCGGGAUGUUAAACAGGCAGAAUAUGAGGUGAAGAAAUCCGCGCAGAAACUCGCCAACAUAUUUCAAAUCGCAGCGCUCCGCGUUCUCCUAAACUGA